GAUCAAUUAAACCCAACUGCUAUCAGGAAGUUUACAGACUUCCCAUUGUCUGAAAGCACUCAAAUUGGUAUAAAAAAUUCUGGAUUCAUAAUGCCAACAGAAAUUCAGAAAGAAUCCAUAGGUAUUGCUUUGCAGGGACAUGACGUUCUUGCAGCUGCCAAAACUGGAUCUGGCAAAACACUAGCUUUUCUUAUUCCUCUUCUUGAAUGUCUCUACUGCCAAAAAUGGACUAAUCUCGAUGGAUUAGGUGCCCUAGUUAUAUCUCCAACUAGAGAGCUCGCUUAUCAGACCUUUGCAGUUCUUCGACGGCUUGGGAAACAACAUGAUUUUUCUGCUGGUCUAACUGUUGGUGGGAUGAACCUAAAAGAGGAAUCCAAGCAGAUCAUGUAUACUAACAUUGUCAUCUGUACUCCAGGACGACUCCUACAACACAUGGAUGAGACACCUAAUUUUAAUGCCCAUAACCUGCAGAUACUCAUUCUUGAUGAAGCUGAUCGUAUCCUGGACCUUGGAUUUACUGAAACAAUGAAUGCCAUUUUGGAUAAUUUACCUCCAUCCAGACAGACUUUAUUGUUUUCUGCCACACAGACAAAGUCAGUGAAAGAUCUUGCUCGUCUCAGUUUAAACAAGGACAAUCUCUUUUAUAUCUCUGUUGAUGAAUUUGCCGAAGAAAGCACACCUUCACAGCUGGUUCAGAGUUAUAUAACCUGUGAACUAGAAGACAAAAUGACAGUACUGUGGUCUUUCCUGAAGAAACAUUUAAGACAAAAAAUUCUUGUUUUUCUGAGCACAUGCAGUCAGGUUCGCUAUAUAUUCAAGGCAUUGUGUCACAUGCGGCCAGGUAUCUCACUUCAUGCUCUUUAUGGCAAGAUGAAACAGCGUAAAAGAAUGGAAGUCUUCCAACAGUUCUGUUUCAAGCAACAUGCUGUUCUCUUUGCCACAGACAUUGCAGCUCGUGGACUUGAUAUACCUGAAGUGAACUGGGUCAUCCAACUUGACUGUCCAGAAGAUGCUAACACUUACAUUCACAGAGUUGGGCGUACAGCAAGAUACAAGAAGAAUGGUGAGUCCUUAUUGUUUUUGUUGCCCAGUGAAGAGCAAGGAAUGAUUGAGAAUUUACAGAAAAAGAAAAUCCCAAUAAAAAAGAUACAAGUGAAUCCUAAAAUGUUGUGGGAUAUUAAACCUCGUCUGCAAUCACAGUGUGCAGAAAAUACUGAAAUGAAGGAUAAUGCCAAAAAGGCCUUUAUUUCAUAUAUUCGUUCAGUAUUUUUGAUGUCAAACAAAAGUAUUUUUGAUGUGAAAAAUCUGGAUCUUGGAAACUUUUCCUGCUCUCUAGGCUUAGAAGUAAUUCCACGUGUACGGUUUUUGGAAAAAGAAGAGAAACAACGCUUAAAAAAAGAAGCUGAUAAUUCUGUCAAGAAAGCUGCUUCCAACGGUGAGGAGAGUGAUGACAUGCAGUCUACUGAAUCAGAUGAAUCUGACUCUGAAAGUGAGCAAGAAAAGCACAAAAAACAGGUCAAACCUCAGCCAAAACAUCACAUAUCAACCAGAAGUGGUUCAAGUAGUGAUUCUGAGAAUGAAGCAUCUGGGUCUAGUGUUGAAGGCAAUUCUAACUGUGAUAAGGAGAAAUUUUCUGUACAGUUUGGUUGUGAUGAUGAUGAGGAUGACCUUCUGACCUUUAAAAGAAGAAUUCCUGCUGAGCCAGUUGAAAAUGUAACCAAGGAGGUUGACAACAGUAAAACAGUUACCAAAAACAAAAAGAAAGUUUUGAGUAAAGUUUCUAUUGCAAAACGUGCUUUAAGGAAAAACAUUGAGUUAAACACAAAGAUUAAAUUUGAUGAUGAUGGAGAGGUUGUUAAAGAUAUGUAUAAACAUGCCCAAACUUCAAAUAGAGAAAUCGGUCAGUUAGAUGUUUGUGGAAUAAGUAUUGAAGAAGCCAAAAUGUACAUGGAGGCUGAAGAUAAAGUUGAUAAGAAAAUUUUCCAUGACAAAGUAAAUGCAAGACACAAAGAAAUCCGAUUAAAAAGAAAAGAAAUGCUGCGUCAGAAGAAAAUGAAGAAUCAACGUACAGUUGUUCUGCGGACUGGCAGUGAUGAAGAAUCUCACGAUUAUUCUGAUUCUGGUGAACCUGAAAAUGACACUGAUGGAAAUUAUUCUGAAGAUGAAGUUUCUAAUGAAUCUGAUGACAACAGUAUUUGCUCUAGUCCUUCUCCUCCUCCUUUGAAACGCAAACGAAAAAAUAUAGCACCUUCAAAAGACAGUGAUAACUCUGGUAAUUAUAACCAAGAUGGAUUGAAUAUUGAAGACACAGAGGACCUUGUUCUGAAGCUAAUGCAUCAAAGUUAGCUGUUAUAAGUAAAUCAGAAUUAAAAUAUUAUCUCUUAUUGAAUAGUUCAGACUUAAUUCUGGGAAAAUAAAUAUGGAUAUGAGUAGGGAGCUUAAAUUAAUACCAGGUAUUUAAAAACUCCUAUAUGCUGUUCCCACUGUGCACUAAAUCCUGAAAGAUAAUCAUUGUAAAUAAGCCUGAACUGACACACACGCGUACAUAUAUUAUGUAUAGUGUGUGUGUGUGUAUAUGACAGAAUAUUUGAUCUGGAAUCAUGCUAAAAUAGACAUUGUGUUUUCAGAUAUUUGGACUAUCAUUAAAAUUGCUAUUAAUUA